UAGACUCCAAAACCAGCACGAUUUCUAAAACAAUAUUAGUAGUUAUGUGAACACAAAUACACUAUAACGUUUAUGAAAUAACGGCUAUAUAGGUGAUUAAUUUACAUAUAAAAAUCAACCAUAUUUGCAAGGACAAUGGCCAAGCCAGGCAAGUCCUUGGCGUCCUGCAUUGUUACGCCAAUGCCAGUCCUUAUAAUAAUUAUAAGCAUUUCAAGAGCCUGGUCGAUGCAGCUGCAAUACUUAACCCAACCGGAAACUCAACAGCAGCAAGGAAUUAAAUCAUUAUCUCACAUAGGCAAUAACCACUUGUUGCCCAUGAUAUCUGCGCCCUCGUCAGUUGACAAUGAUUACGUUUACAUAGCGGCAGUCAAUAAUAAAAUGCCCCAGUUUGGAAAUUCGCUGGACGAUGACCAAGAGACCGAAGAGCACCCCAUAGAUGAGACCACUUAUCCGCCGCCGGUUUUUGAUUUUGGGAUGCCCAGGAAUAUUACAGCCCGGACAGGACACACGGCGGCCAUCAAUUGCCGCGUCGACAAUCUGGGCGAUAAAUCGGUGUCCUGGAUAAGAAAACGCGAUUUGCACAUCUUGACUGCAGGCAUUCUGACCUACACAUCCGAUGAGCGUUUCAGGGUAGUGCGCACCGCCGACUCCAAGGAUUGGACAUUGCAUGUGAAAUAUGCCCAGCCACGUGACAGCGGCAUCUACGAAUGCCAAGUGAAUACGGAGCCAAAGAUUUCGAUGGCAUUCCGCCUGAAUGUCAUAGUCACGCCGCCAGAUGCCAAGGCGAUUAUUGCCGGCCCAACGGAUUUGUACGUCAAAGUGGGCAGCAUCAUAACGCUCACCUGUCUCGUGAAACACCCGGGAAGCACAACCCAGGAUAUUGGGCCAAUUUACUGGUACCGCGGCCCCUACAUACUGACUCCCUUUGUUGCCCAUCCCAACGAUGCGGCCAUUGAUUUGCAGCGCAUCUCCAUGGAGUCCACACUGGCCGAGAAGUUGCAAAGCAGAUUACGCAUCGCCAAUGCUCAGCUCCUGGACACGGGCAAUUAUACGUGCAUGCCGACCACAGCCGAGGCGGCCAGUGUUGUGGUCAACGUCAUCAACGACGAGAGUCCUGCGGCAAUGCAGAAAAGCAAAGCAAAUAACAACAGUCGGAGCAGCUGGAGCCGAGUCGUUCUCCUUCUGGCGUUGGUGGUCAGUUUUGUCGUACGAUGGCUUAUUGUCAACCGCAACGGCUACAGCCUGGAUUCGAGUUCGAAUUUAUCCAUUCUGCAUAUCAAUUAUUGUGACCUGCAUCCAAUAAUUAGCCACCAAAAUAGCAAUCAGGUGGUGACGCUGUCUGAAUCAUGAUAAUUAAGUAGGUGCCAAGUAUAAGCGCACCUUGUAUAUAAAAAUCAAAUUAUAGUUUCUGUGUAAAUUUAAAAAAAAUAUACGAGAGAGAGAUGAGAUGAGGAAACCAUCACUUAUUGCUUGAUUAAAAUUUAUUUUGUGUUUUAUAAGUUAUGGUAUGAAAUUUAUAACCAUUUCUAUACAACGGAAAUGGUUUCCCCAUCUGGCUAAUUAUAAACUAAACUAUAAACUAUAUUUAGUCCUAAUUUUUAUGCAUAGCGUUAACAAUUAUGUAACAAUAAAUGAAUGAUAAAGCCGAAGCAAUUAUCAAAUGUUUCGGCAACUGUAUGAAAAUAAUAUGAAACCGAAAUUACGAAAAUGAAACACAUAAAUGAAAAUACUACACUAAGAUUAACUGCAUUGUUAAUUUCGGAAUGCAAAUAUUAUUAUAGUUGGCCGUUUCUUUUUUCUGUUGACUGCAAUUAGCUAAUUAUAUUUAUCGCUGGCGAAACACUUGAAAACUAAUUGAAAUCAACUCUCAUAACAAUUUACAUAGCCUCUGAAAAAAAUCCGAUUAAUAUUUCUUUGGCUAAUCCCAUUAAUUAAGUUUUUAAAUCAUCAUAUAAACUGAACGAUUUGUAAACGUAUG